AUGGGGGUGAUAUCAAGGAGAGUGAUGCAGCCUGUGUGCGGGAGUUUGUGCUUUUUUUGCCCUUCCUUGAGCACCAGAUCCAGGCAUCCGGUCAAGCGUUACAAGAAAUUACUCGCCGAUAUUUUUCCUCGAUCUCCGGGUGAACAGCCAAAUGAACGAAUGAUCAGUAAACUAUGUGAAUACGCUUCCAAGAAUCCGCUUCGUAUUCCAAAGAUAACGAGUUCAUUGGAGCAGAGGCUUUACAGGGAUUUGCGAAGUGAGCAAUUUCACUCUGUACAAGUUAUUGUGUGUGUCUACAGGAAGUUGAUGAUUUCUUGUAAGGAGCAAAUGCCAUUGUUUGCAAGUAGCUUUCUUAGCAUUGUACAGAUCCUGCUAGAUCAAACAAGAAUGGACGAGACGCGUGUAUUAGGAUGCCAAGCUCUAUUUGUUUUUGUGAACAAUCAGAGGGAUGGCACUUAUAUGUUCAACUUAGAUGGAUUGAUUCCGAAACUUUGUCUUUUAGCUCAAGAAAUGGGAGAGGACAGGAGAGUACAACGUUUGCGUUCUGCUGGUCUUCAAACCCUUUCAUCAGUGGUUUGGUUCAUGGGAGAGUUCUCUCAUGUCUCAGCUGAAUUUGAUAAUGUCGUGUCAGUGGUCUUGGAAAAUUACCGAGGUUUAGAAACAUCAGAUGCUGAUAAGCAAGAUACACAGAAUGGCUGUGUCAAAGACAGUUUCUCUUCUGCAGAUGCCAUGACAAGUGUUUCUUGGAGGAGUAUAGUGAGUGAGAAUGGAGAAGUUCAUGUGUCUGUGGAGGAAGCUGAGAAUCCCAAAUUUUGGUCAAGAGUUUGCCUGCAUAACAUGGCCAAGUUAGCCAAGGAAGUUACAACUGUCCGACGUGUUUUGGAAUCCUUGUUUCGGUUUUUUGAUAAUGAGGAACUGUGGUCUACCCAACAUGGCGUAGCUCUUUCUGUCUUGCGGGACAUGCAAUUAAUAAUAGAGAAAUGUGGAGAAAACACACAUUUUUUGUUGUCCAUCUUAGUAAAGCAUCUUGACCACAAGAAUGUUCUGAAAAAACCCAGUAUGCAGCUACAUAUUGUGCAUGUUGCCACUUCCCUUGCUCGGCAAACAAAGGUUCAGCCAUCUGUGGCUAUAAUUGGUGCAUUAACUGAUAUGACAAGACACCUACGAAAAAGCAUUCACAGCUCACUUGAUGACUCAAAUCUGGGAGCUGAGGUGAUUCAAUACAACCAAAAUUUUCGAGCAGUGGUAGAUGAGUGUCUUGUUCAGUUAUCACAUAAGGUUGGAGAUGCAGGUCCUGUCCUUGAUAUGAUGGCUGUGAUGUUGGAGAACAUGCCAAACAUUACUCUUAUGGCCAGAACCUUGAUUUCUGCUGUUUAUCGUACUGCUCAAAUCAUGGCAUCAAUUCCAAAUUUGUCAUACCAAAACAAGGCUUUUCCCGAGGCAUUGUUUCAUUCGUUGCUUCUAGCAAUGGUCUAUGCAAACCAUGAAACAAGAGUUGGUGCUCACUGCAUAUUUUCUGUUGUUCUGGUUCCGUCUUCUGUCUGCCCUUGUCCUCCUGCUGCCACUUCUUUUCCAAAUAAGGCCACUAAGUUGCAAAAGACACUCUCAAGAACCGUUUCCGUGUUUUCUUCUUCGGCUGCACUCUUUAAGAAGCUGGGUCGGGAAGAUAAAGAAAAUGCUGUAGACGAUAAGGUUGGAAACAUCAAUGGCAUUUCCAUGCAAGACAGAUUGAACUGUGCUGGUGCUGAGAAUGCAAAGAUCCAAAACCACUCUAUUCUGAACAGGUUGAAGUCAAGUUACAGCCGAGCUUAUAGUGUAAAAUAUUUGAAUCCACCAGCUGCAAUAGAGGAUGAAAAAUCGAUGAGUAAUGCGGUUGAAGUUACAGCUUUACCUCUUCGAUUAAGCAGUCAUCAGAUAACCCUUAUGCUUUCAUCGAUUUGGGCACAAUCCAUCUCUCCUUUAAACACGCCUGAAAAUUUUGAAGCAAUUGCUCAUACCUACAGCCUGGUGUUGUUAUUUGCACGGACCAAGAACUCCUGUAAUGAGGCUAUAAUACGAAGCUUUCAGCUGGCCUUUACCUUAAGAAGCAUAUCUCUGGGAGGAGGAGGGCCACUGCAGCCGUCACGCCGGAGGUCCCUCUUUAUCCUUGCUACAUCUAUGAUCAUCUUCUCAUCAAAAGCCUACAAUAUCCCCCCUCUUUUUCCUUGUGUUAAAGCUUCACUUACGGCAAAAACAGUUGAUCCAUUUCUAGAGUUGGUUGAUGAUUGCAAGUUACAGACGGCUAAAACUGAACCAGAGCAUCCAGGAAAAGUAUAUGGAUCAAAAGAAGACAAUGAAGAUGCUUUGAAGUCACUUUCAGGAAUAGAAAUAGCAGAGAACCAGUCUAAAGAGUCACUUGCAACCAUGAUAGUGAAGUUUCUUGGCAAUUUGUCUGAUGAAGUAUCAUCGAAAAUAAGAAACCAGUUGCUUAGUGAUUUCAUCCCUGAUGAUGGAUGUCCACUUGGAACUUAUCUGUCCAUGGAGACUCCUGCACAAAUAUAUGAAAAUGGAUCAAUAGAUAAUCAAUCUCCUGACAAGGUUGAGCCUCCAUUAUUCACGGUUGAUGAUGAUGUUUUGCCUAGUAAAUUCGAAAGUAAAACAGGUCCUGAUGCACAUUUGGCACCUGAACUCCAAAAUUUCCUGAGUGUUGAUGAUCUUCUUGAUGCUCUUUCAGAGACAACAAAUCAAGUUGGAAGAUCCUCAGUCUCAAGCCCUCCUGACAUGCCUUAUAGUGAAAUGGCUGGACACUGUGAGGCCCUUCUGAUGGGAAAGCAGCAGAAGAUGUCUACGGUAAUGAGUGCUCAACAGAAUCAAGAAAGUUCAGUCAGCAAUUAUGCAAAGGAGGUGCAACCUCAUUCUCUUGUUGAAUCAAAUUAUGUGAAGAGUGAAAAUCCAUUUAUUGAUCAGAAUAUGGGUGCUGUUUCUUGGAAUCAAUAUGCUGGCACUGCUCUGAUGCUUUGUGCAACUGAGUACCACCAACAACCCUAUUUUCAGCUUCCUGUAUCAAGCCCAUACGACCAUUUCCUGAAGGCUGCUGGUUGCUGAUACUGUAGAAAAUGAAACUAAGAAUUUUUUUGAGGUUCGAGUUACUGCAGGGAGUAACAGAAGAUUAGAAUAAUACUUACUGCACUUGUGUGCUCUCAUGUAUAGGAUUUGUUGGCACUAGGUAAAGAUAACAGCUGAUAAAUCCAUGAGGCUAUUACUACUAGCAUAGCAUACUACAUUUUUGAUUGUUACAUGGCGCAAGCAUCAAAUCAUUGUUAUCUCUGGAGAUAAUGGCAUAUUGCA